AUGCAGGGAAAAGCUCUUCUCCGUGAUUUCUCCACACAGCAGAAAGACUGGGAUGAACCACUUCCCGCAGAAAGAGAAGAGGAAUGGGACAAAUGGAGAAGUUCGUUGAAAGAUCUGGAGCAGCUUCAAAUACCAAGGUGCUACUUCCCAUUCUCCCAGUCCGUUGCUGCAUGGAAAGAACUGUGCAUAUUUUCAGAUGCCUCCACCAUGGCCAUAGGAGCAGUGGCAUACUUGAGAGCUCUCAACAGUGAAGGUCAGUGGCACACAGGUUUCAUCAUUGGCAAAUCCAAAGUCGCACCCCGACCUGCACACACAGUCCCUAGAUUGGAAUUAUGUGAAGCAGUUUUAGCUGUAGAAAUGUACGAACUCAUUAGAGAUGAGAUGGACAUUGAAGUGGACACUGUCAGAUUUUUCACAGAUAGUAAAAUCGUCCUUGGUUACAUACACAACAACACAAAGAGAUUCUAUACUUAUGUGGCCAACCGAGUGAUUCGGAUCAGGAAGUCCACACUUCCAACCCAGUGGUGUUACAUAUCCACUUGUGACAAUCCAGCAGAUACAGCCACUAGACCAGUCCCAGCUUCCACAUUAGCUUCCACAAACUGGUUCAGUGGUCCUUCUUUUUUGACACGUCAUGACAUUGAGACAUCACACUGUGAUAGUUUUACUCUCAUUGACCCUGAGACAGAUACAGAGAUCAAGCCUGAUGUGAAAACCUUUGUUACCAAAACCUUAGUAACGCAGCUGGAACCAUCUCGUUUUGAAAGAUUCUCUGAUUGGAUGAAACUGUGUCGUACUAUUGCAUCACUAAAGCGUGUGGCAGCAUCAUUCAAGAAAAGAGACACAGAAAGUAAAGGCUGGAAGUGUUUCAGUGACGGUACCACUGCAGGAGAAGUAUCCAAUGCAGCCAACUUUAUCAUUCACACAGUGCAAAGUGAAACAUUCAAAGAGGAGCUCAAGUGCAUAAAAACAAAUCAACCACUUCCAAAACAGAGUUGUCUCCAAAAGUUGAACCCUGUCAUUGAUGAAGAAGGGAUUCUCAGAAUAGGAGGACGCUUGGCACCGGCUAACCUAACAAAAGAGGAGAAACAUCCUGUCAUCAUUCCAAGGUCUCAUCACAUAUCCAUUCUUCUUAUCAGAUACCAUCAUGAGAAAGUAGCGCAUCAGGGGCGUCACAUAACUGAAGGAGCAGUCAGAGCAGCCGGAUUUUGGAUUAUUGGCAGUAAACGGCUUAUUUCUUCCAUCAUUCACAAAUGUGUCCUUUGUCGAAAACUUAGAGGACAAAUGCAGACUCAGAAGAUGGCAGAUUUACCCAUCGACAGACUGUCAGUCAUGCCACCUUUCUCUAGUGUGGGACUGGAUGUUUUUGGCCCCUGGACGGUCUCCACACGUCGCACCCGAGGAGGAAGUGCAGAUAGCAAACGCUGGGCUGUACUUUUCACCUGCAUGUCCACAAGAGCUGUACACAUCGAGCUCAUUGAAUCAAUGUCGACAUCGAGCUUCAUUAAUGCGCUAAGAAGAUUCUUCUGCAUUCGUGGACCUGCACAAAUACUCCGUUCUGACAGAGGGACAAAUUUUAUUGGAGCAUGCAAUGAACUGCAAAUUGAUCAAAAAGACACAGAGCUGAACUCCUACCUGCUAGAGAAAGGAUGCACAUGGCUGUUCAACUCUCCCCACUCUUCACAUAUGGGUGGAUCUUGGGAACGACUCAUUGGAGUGGCAAGGCGCAUACUGGACGGUAUGUUUUUGAAAGCCGGACACAUCCAACUUACACAUGAAGUGUUGAGUACAUUCAUGGCAGAAGUAAUGGCAAUAAUGAAUGCAAGACCACUUGUACCAAUUUCAACCGAUCCCGACAAACCAAACCUUCUCACUCCAGCAAUGCUCCUCACUCAAAAAGUGAAUGCGCUAUCUGCACCAGCAGGAAGUUUUGCAUCUCCAGACCUCUACUCCAGGCAAUGGAAGCAAGUACAGUGUUUGGCAGACUCCUUUUGGAAACAGUGGAAAAGUGAAUACUUAUCAACUUUGCAGAAACGGAGAAAAUGGACUGAUGAUAAACCGAACAUUAAAGUUAAUGACAUUGUGUUACUGAAAGAUGCUCUCGCUCACAGAAACAACUGGUCCAUGGGAAAAGUUGUGAGAACAUUUGAGAGUAAGGACAAUAAAGUUCGAAAAGCAGAGGUGAAAACUGUAAAAGAUGGAAACGAAAAAGUGUUUUUGAGACCCAUUACUGAAAUGGUUUUGCUUUUAUCGGAUGUAGAUUAAAAUGUUGUAGUUGUAAACAGUUCAAAAUGUUUAUUUGAAAAGAUUGUUUGUAGUGGCACAAUUGUAUUGUACCAGACGGGGAGUGUGCUGCUUUUUUGUAAGUAAAGCCUGACCAGUAAGUUGAAAACCGCACUAGAGCACCCCCUGGUGGAUAUUUUGUUAUAUUGUUUAGUGACGUCGAAUCAUAAGGAGAAUAUCCAAGAUGGUGGAACGCAGCACCGAGCGGUUCAUAGUUACGCUGUUUGUUAUUCUCGUACGUUGUGUGUCGGACAAGAUUUGUUCUUUACGAUGGCUAAAGUGAUGGCAGUGGUCAGAGGCCACUCUUCAAUAAACCGCUAAAAAGGAAAGAAGUUUGGUUAUUGGAGCAUCGUUGUCUAGCUGUCUAGCUGCUGAAGAAAUUGAGAACUCAGG